AUGUCGGAAGAAAAAAGUUAUUUUUCAGAGGAAGGGCCGGCUCUGGUUACAGAAAGAAUUAAGACUUUCUUCGACAGAGCUCCUCAUUAUAAAUGGGAAGGUGAAGUGGGUGCCGGAGCUAACGGCAUCGUAUACAAGAUCGAACGUUCCGGUUCCGCCGAUGGAGAAUUAAGAACAUUAGCAGUUAAAAUUGCCCCGAUAGAUGUCGACUUGGGAGGCAAUAAAUCGUAUGAGGAAGGUCAUGGUGAUGAAUACGAAGACACACCGGAUGAAAUCCUAUCUAUGAUGAGAGAAAAGAUCUGGUUAAAGAGGCUUCGCAACGGCUUACAUAUAAUAAAAUCGUUAGACUUGCCUGACGAUCCGCUUGCCCAGACGCCCGACGGGAUCUUACCACAUCGAAUGCGAACCUGGAUUUUCAUGGAAUACGCGGAGAAUGGUGGACUGAGAACCCUCGUACAAAGGCACAAAGAGCAAUACAGAGAAGCAAUGCCAAACCGCCUACUAUGGAGAUUCUUCAUGUGUUUGGUGAGGGGCUGCUUAGAGAUGGCCUACUAUAAUGCUACCGUAAACGGGCAGAGUGUAGAUCCAAAAACGGCCAGCAUCGACGAACUGAGCUUGAUAGAACCAGGAGAUCUGGCCCACCAAGAUUUAGGUAGCCACAAUAUUGUUGUCGGUGCUAUGGCUCCCGAUGCAAGUGUCGAGCAUAACGCAACCCCGAUCUUGAAGUUAAUCGAUUUUGGUGAGGCAGGAGUCGUGGACCCAAAUUCCGAUUAUCACCAACGCAACGGUUCACAAAUGAACCUUAAUGAAAUAUCCCGGAUUAUGUCAUUCCUUAUAUUACAAGACGACGGAGAGUUGCGAGAGGUGGAAGUGACCGUCGAUGGCCAAACUUUCAAAACCCCCGGGCGCUCAUUAUACGAGCAUCAUGAUGAGCUUAUAACACAUGGCGUAGAUGAAGACCUCUUAAAUUUGGUAUAUAGGGGCAUGGCGUUGGGGCGGGAUGGGCGGUUAAGUCUGAUUGAAGUGGCAAGGAUCGUCCACGAGAGAGUUUUGAAUAGGGGUCAUAAUGGUAUCGAGCAAGAAACAGAUCAAUCUAUAAGAGAGAGACUUGUCGCUUUGAUUCACAACGGAGAUACGUAACCUUCAACGUAUCGUAGGGACUCGGGUUUGGAUUCGGAUGAUGAUCACCUGGGCAGACAAAUCCUUGUAGGCUCAAUUCACAGAUUAGGGAUUUCUCUCCACGUUAAUCGUAGUGAUAGAUUUUAG